ACACCAUUUUCACAUAUUUUCUCAUAAUGUUUACGUUCGCAGUGUUUUGGACUUAUAUACACAUAUGCAUGCACAAGAGAACUAAACGGCGUCGUAUUAACAAGCACAAAACGACUGAGCACGUUCCUUUAUUUCGAUUUAGCGAUAGACUCCUCCAUCAGCUCAAUUACAUGCGAAGGUUGGUUGACGUGAGCGACACAACUUGUCUGGAGAACCUCCGUAUGGAUCGUAAUUCAUUCGGUCGUCUAUGUUACCUUCUUGAAAGUUCUGGCGGACUUCGUCCAUCCAGAAAUGUUGCACCCAGCGAGCAAAUUGCAAUUUUUCUCUCAGUCCUAGCUCAUCAUAAGAAAAAUGUCACUUUGAAGCUUGAUUUUGUAAGAUCUGGUAGGACAAUAAGCAAAUACUUUAAUCGUGUUCUUGAUGCGGUGAUACGGGUUCAGUGGAUCUUAGCCGUGCAUCCAAAGGCAGUAGAAGCCGAUUGUGUUGAUGAAAGGUGGAAAUGGUUCAAGGGAUGUCUAGGAGCACUAGAUGGAACCUACAUUGAUGUGCGAGUUCCUUCCAUUGACAAGGCACGAUAUAGAAACCGUAAGGGUAGUGUAUCUGUUAAUGUACUUGGCGUUUGCGAUAAAAAUAUGAACUUUGUGUACAUGCUAAGUGGUUGGGAGGGGUCAGUUGCGGAUAGUCGUGUCUUGCGCGAUGCGGUUACUAGGACGAAUGGUCUACGCGUUUCAAACGGAAAUUAUUAUUUGGUGGAUGGUGGGUAUACGAAUGGUCCUGGGUUUUUAGCGCCAUAUAGGGGUGUCAGAUACCACUUACAGGAAUGGGGUACCGGAAAUCGCAGGCCACGAAACUUUAGAGAAUUGUACAACCUUCGUCAUGCUAAGGCUAGAAAUGUGAUUGAGCGUGCGUUUGGUAUUUUGAAGAUGCGAUGGGCAAUUCUUAGGAGUUGUUCAUAUUAUACCAUUAGGACACAAAAUCGCAUUAUUAUGGCAUGUGCGCUCCUCCACAACUUCAUACGCACCUCAAUGGCUAAUGAUCCCAUGGAAGCACUAGUCCCUGAGAUACCGACUAACGGAGUGUCCACAACUACGAAUGAAGAUGUGUUGAUAGACCAGGUGGAGGCUAGCCCAGAAUGGACACAAUUUCGUGACCGAUUGGCACAAGAUAU